CAUUUCGAUGUCAACCGCUACGUAUUUCUUUGAGAAAAGUCAAAUUUUCAUAGUUUUUCUUCACCCCUACGCUUUUUCCACUCGGAUUAUUUCGUAAGCCUAUUAGGGAGAAACGUGCUCGAGUGUUAAUUGAGGAUGAACUCCAGAAAUUCCGCGAGAACCAUGUGACACGAAUACGAAAAAGGGCUUCCAGACCGUCAAUGUGACAGAAAUGUUUUCUGCCAUCGCGACGGCCCAGCGCUGCUGCGAGGACGACCCUGCGUCGACGCGUGAUACACGAACCGGGAAAUAGGGCAAUUGCGUCAAAGAUGAGCGCGAGAUGGCCAGUCAACCACCGAACCCUAGUGAAGGUGCGGAGGGUGGUUCCGAGUUCCCGGAGGAGGCGGGCAGGCAACGCGCGGCCGCCCCGCAGAAGACGUUCAUAGCGCCGCCCGCGUCGCAGCUACCCUCAAAGCUGGAGUUCGUAGCGCGCAGCGGGUCAGGCCGCAGCAUCAAGCACACGUUCCGCACCGUCAAGUUCGCGCGGCGCGUGCCCACCCUGCCGCCCAAGAGGCCCGAGCUCGCGGGCGCCGCCGGCCCCGGGGCGGCGGGCCCCAGCACGCCCGCGCCUGAGCGGCGCCCGCGUCGUGACCGAGGCAAGCGCCACAUUUGCGCCACCUGCGAGAAGCGCUUCUCCAGCCCCGGCAAGCUCAGCCAGCACGUCCUCUCGCACACUGGUGAGCUUCCGUUUGCGUGUGACUUGUGUGACAAGCGUUUUAAUUCUAAAUUUAAAUUGGUGCGCCAUAGUCUCAUACACAGUGAGGCGCGAGCCUUUGCUUGUACGGAUUGCGGUAAGACUUUUAAUCGUAAAGAUCAUCUCACCAAUCAUGUUAGAGUGCACAAUCCUGUUAAAAAACUAUAUACAUGCGAUCGGCCUAACUGUAGGAAAUCAUACACCUCCCUUCUGAGCUAUCGCAAACAUGCAGCUUUACACUCUGCGGAAGAAGGAAAUUUACAGUGUAAGAUUUGCGAUGAGGUAUUUAGUACUAAACAGGAUAUUGUUAACCAUCUUAAGGUACAUACAGGGAGUCGCACACCAAAAAGUGAGACUGAUAAGAAAUUUACCUGUGAUCAUUGUGACAGAAAAUUUUUUACUGCUAAGGAUGUCCGUCGACAUCUAGUUGUACACACAGGUAGGCGAGAUUUUUUAUGUCCAUACUGCCCUCAAAAGUUUGGACGCAAAGAUCAUUUAGUCAGGCAUGUUAAAAAUGCCCAUCCAGAAGAAUCAUGGAGGUCAGCUGCAGUAGGUACUUCUAAGGACCCAAUGCCAGAAGCCACUUCGUUUGAGAAAUCAUACUCUGAAUUUUCUAUAGAAGGUGCUGAUUUUGAUGUAUGGAAAACUCCCAAGCAAGAAUUACAAGAGAUUCAGACAGAUGUACCAAAUCCUGAUAUAAUGGAUGAAAUACCAGAUAUAAAAAUUGAGCCAACUGAAGAAGUAAAACUAGAAGCUCCACCGUCACCUCACUGUGAUAUCCUUAACUACCCUGUUGUGUUUGUGGUUUCUCCUCCUUAUCCAGCAACAUCAACUGAGUUGCCUUACAUGACGACACAGCCUAUAGUGAAUCCAAUGAGUGUGCAUUUGCUGAGUUCAGAGACUGUGCAAACUAUAUUGAUGGAUCCAGGAGAGGGGACGUCAGGGCUGUCGAGUCAGAUGCUGGGUUUGCUAGAGGAAAGUGAACCAACAUUCCCAAGCGAAGAAGGCCGCGUGCAGCAACGACUGCCAGCGUUCACACAGGCCUUCCAAACAGCCCAGAGCCCGAAGCCUCCUCCUCCACCACCCCCACCCCACUAGCCCAUCUCGCCACCCUUGCAUUUACCAUACGUCUAUACCAAGCUACCUCAUUAUGUAAGGUUGGUCUAAGCUGUAAAAUAUAGUCUGGAAUAGUGCAGUAGCAAUGUUAUUAUAAAAAUGGUGUUUGAAGGAUACUUGAUUUGUGCACUACAGAUUAAAGUUGCCAAAUAGUGUGUUUGUCUCAGGUAUACCAAAAUGUUUCCGAAUUCUACAUGAAUAUAUUAUCUAGUCAUGUAUGUACUUUCGGAAUUGUAAAUUGUUUAUUUAUAGCAUUUAUGUAUGACGUUUAUAGAGUAUCAAUGGGACCAACUCUGUAAGCUGUAAGAUGGGAAGCAUUAGCGCACGUUGUCCAUGAUGCAUGCAUUUUAAUGAUAUUGUAGGGCUGUUAUUUAAGUGAGCUGGAUUAGUAUUAAGGUUUAUGGCUCUUGAAAGCAGUAGGCUGUAUAAUAUGUUUUAGAGAGGCGUACUGCUUAUCCACACGAAGCUAGUACAACAAAGAGCAUAUUCCUUUUGGAAAAAUACUGAGGAUGGUGUUAAGAUCAGAUCUGCUGUAAGUUAUAAAACAAUUUCAUCAUAAAUAACCACUGAGACUAUCUGUAUCUGAACUGGUUCAUGAUCAUUCUAUUUAACAGACUGUUUUGGAAACUGGAAUUACCCAGUUUCCAAAACCACCAUUAACGUUUGAAUAUAAACAUACCUCAGAAGCACCAGGUUCUGGUGUUUCCUUAGCAUUAAGACAAUCAACUGUAGGGUCGGUCGCCGUAUGAAGUGUGCAGAGAGACAUUAGGGUCAUGAAAAUAAUGUGCCAAAAUUACUUGAUUCUGGACUACAAACCGAAAAAAUGUGAUUGAACAUUAAGCAAUAAUAAUUCUUUAGCUCAAAUGAGCAAAAGAAGCUGAUAUUGAUGUUGGCAAUUUAAAUUUUAACUACCUAAACUGGUAUUACACAAAAAAAAAGAGAAACUAAGAAUAGUCUCAGCAUAUUUUUAGGAGUAUGAGCCAAAUUAUGUAAUUUGUAGUAAGUUUCACUUUGAGACUAGGUGAGUGUGUCAAGAAGUCUGUAAAAAAUGUAAUAGGAAUUCAAACGACUUUUGUGUGAUUGAAUUGAAAGAAAGGUUUACAGCUUUAUUAGAUGCCUUACAUUUAUCAAAAUAUAUUUCAUUGUUAAGUGUAUUCAAAGUGCAUUAUACGUCAGGAAUUUCUUAGUAGCAUUUAAUUUGUGGAAUGCUUCACUAAAACUGAGGCUUUAUAAACUGUGGUUUCUUAAAGAACACAAGUUAUGAAAUGAAAGCACUGCAACAUUCUGUUUUUUCAAGGUUUCCUGUUAUGUAAAAUCCUAUAGAAUCCUAUUAUGUGUGAUUGCUUGUUAUACUAUAUUUUUUCAU